CUUUCAAUCAAUUAUCACCAAUCCAAUCAGCUGGCAGGCGCUCGCCGCUUCUACAAACAGCUGAUAAUUUAUUUCAUCACAAUUUAAUUGUAUUGAAAAAACUUAGGUGGAGGAAUUUUAGAGUUAAGUGUAGAAAACAAAUCUACCUCAACGGGAGCAGGUCAAUGGGCCACCAAGAGUAGAAAUGUCUUCGUCAAUAGUAAGCAUGUAAAUAACCAGCACUUGAACUCCGCGACAAGUUACUUAAAAGGGUCUAAUUGGAAACACACGUUCCGGCAAUAAUUGCCGGUUCAAAAAAUUUAGGAUGAAUGUUUCCGACUUUAUCAUAGGCGGUUCCGCCUCCGUCGGUGCAACUUUCUUCACAAAUCCAAUUGAGGUGAUCAAAACGCGUAUUCAGCUUCAAGGUGAACUGGCAGCACGUGGGACUUACGUGGAACCUUACAAAGGCGUAAUUCGCGCCUUUAUUGUUGUAGGUCGCAAUGAAGGAUUAACCGGUCUGCAAAAGGGAUUGGUGCCGGCGUUAUACUUCCAAUUUAUACUAAAUUCUUUUAGAUUAGGCCUUUACAACUUGGCGAUGGAAAAGAAAUGGAUGCACAGUAAGAAUGGUGAUAUAUCAGUUUCCCUGGGCUUAUUUUGGGGUGCAUUAGGUGGCUGUGUCGGCACAUAUUUUUCAAGUCCAUUUUUCCUGAUAAAAACCCAAUUGCAAUCACAAGCAGCUAAGGCCAUAGCAGUAGGCUAUCAACAUGAACACACUGGCACUUUUCAAGCUUUACAUCAAAUCUACACUCAAGGCGGCAUAACUGGGUUAUGGCGUGGAUCAAUGGCUGCUGUACCACGUGCAGCUUUGGGUUCAGGUGCACAAAUUGCAACUUUUGGCAAGACAAAAACAAUUUUACGCGAAAAUGGCUGGGUAACACAACCGACUUUGAAUUCGUUUUGUGCUGGCGGUAUUGCCGGUUCUAUUAUGUCAUUGGCUAUAACGCCACCAGAUGUGAUAACAACGCGGCUGUAUAAUCAGGGCGUUGACGCAAGCGGAAAGGGUAUCUAUUACAAUGGCUGGUUGGAUUGUAUUGCAAAGAUCGUGCGCAACGAGGGUCUGAGCGGUUUAUAUAAAGGCUUUUGGCCCAAUUAUCUGCGAAUUGCACCACAUUCUACACUAGUACUGCUGUUCUUUGAUGAAUUGCUAGCCAUUAAAAACAAAUAUUUAAAUUUAAAGCUCAUUUAGGAUAAUUUUUUUAGGAAAUGAUAUGUAUAUUUAUGAGUGCUAUUUUUUAGAUGCAUGUGUACAUUUUUACGUACAAUUAAGUUCAAGCCACCCUUUUAUUUUUUUGUUACAAAAGAUUUGUUGUAUAAAUUAUAAAAGUUGUUAUACUGUCUCGUUAAUUGUUUAAAUAAUGCAAAAGUGCCUUUUGAAUAUAAUAAAGUAAAUAUAUACUGUAUGUUCAAGCAUCACAAAGAAGUAAUUGGUUAUAGGUGUUCUCUUUCAACCUGCACGUAACUAAAGUAGCAUCUUCAAACGCGAAUAAAAAUUAAAAAAAAAUAACCAGAUGAUCGCUCGAACGAAUCGGGGAUUAAUUCAAAUAGAAAUAAUAUACAUAAUUAUAAAACAUAAUGGGGGCUAACA